GGCUUCUCAGUUCCUGGGGCGGGCAGGACCCAGUGGUGACUAGAGCACCCUAGAUGAGGUCCCUGCUCCCGCAGGACAGGUGAGCGCCAGGCCCAGCUGGCCGCUGGGUGGAGCUGCUUGAGCCACACUCCAGGGCGCCCUCGCCACUACACAGAUUUCAUCUGGGUAUUGGCAGCCACACACUCGCUCGCCAAUGAAGUAUAUCCUGGUUACUGGUGGAGUCAUCUCAGGCAUUGGUAAAGGGAUCAUCGCCAGCAGCAUUGGGACCAUUCUCAAGUCAUGUGGUCUCCGAGUUACUGCCAUCAAAAUCGACCCCUAUAUUAACAUCGAUGCCGGGACUUUCUCACCUUAUGAACAUGGUGAAGUGUUUGUUUUAAACGAUGGCGGAGAAGUUGAUUUGGACCUUGGGAAUUAUGAAAGAUUCUUGGACAUUAAUCUUUAUAAAGACAACAACAUCACCACUGGGAAGAUAUAUCAGCAUGUGAUCAAUAAAGAGAGGCGUGGUGAUUACCUGGGGAAGACUGUUCAAGUUGUCCCUCAUAUUACUGAUGCUAUCCAGGAGUGGGUCAUGAAUCAAGCCAAGGUGUCCGUGGACAUUAAUAAGGAAGAUCCCCAGAUAUGCGUUAUUGAGCUGGGAGGCACUAUUGGAGACAUCGAAGGAAUGGCGUUUGUGGAAGCAUUCCGACAGUUCCAGUUUAAAGCAAAGAAAGAGAAUUUCUGUAAUAUUCAUGUCAGCCUUGUACCACAGCCCAGUGCCACUGGAGAACAAAAAACCAAACCCACACAGAACAGUGUCCGUUCGCUGAGGGGCUUGGGUUUGUCUCCAGAUCUGAUUGUCUGCCGUAGUUCAGCACCCAUCGAGAUGGCUGUGAAGGAGAAGAUUUCUAUGUUUUGUCAUGUGGACCCUGAUCAGGUCAUCUGUAUCCAUGAUGUUUCUUCCAUCUACCGAGUGCCUCUUCUUCUUGAGGAGCAAGGCAUGGUUAAAUAUUUUAAAGAGAGAUUGGACUUGCCCAUCAGUGAUUCAAGUAAUUUGCUUUUCAAGUGGAAAGCCAUGGCUGACAGGUAUGAAAGACUGCAGAAAAUAUGCUCCAUUGCCCUGGUUGGUAAAUAUACCAAACUCAGGGACUGCUAUGCUUCUGUGUUCAAAGCACUGGAACACUCAGCCUUGGCCAUCAACCACAAGUUGAAUCUGAUGUACAUAGACUCCAUCGAUCUGGAGCCAAUCACCAAAGCUGAGGACCCUGUGAAAUUCCAUGAAGCUUGGCAGAAGUUGUGUUUAGCUGAUGGUAUUCUUGUGCCUGGAGGCUUUGGAAUCCGAGGAACAUUGGGAAAACUCCAGGCAAUUUCUUGGGCAAGGACAAAGAAGAUUCCAUUUCUGGGAAUUUGCCUUGGGAUGCAACUGGCUGUGAUUGAAUUUGCAAGAAACUGCCUGCACUUGAAAGAUGCUAAUUCUACAGAAUUUGAGCCAAACACUCCGGUUCCAUUGGUAAUUGACAUGCCCGAGCACAACCCUGGUGAUUUGGGAGGAACAAUGAGACUGGGAUUGAGACGGACCGUUUUCACAACUGAAAAUUCCAUACUGAAGAAGCUUUAUGGUGAUGUUCCUUAUAUAGAAGAAAGACACAGACAUCGUUAUGAGGUAAACCCUAACUUGAUCAACCAAUUCGAGAAGAAAGACCUUUGUUUUGUUGGCCAGGAUAUAGAUGGAAAGAGGAUGGAAAUUAUUGAAUUGACAAGUCAUCCAUAUUUCAUUGGUGUCCAGUUCCAUCCCGAGUUUUCUUCUAGGCCAAUGAAGCCUUCCCCUCCGUACCUGGGGCUCUUACUUGCAGCAACUGGAAAUCUGAAUGCCCAUCUGCAACAGAUAAACAGACUGUCACCCAGGGGCCCUUCGAGAAACAAUGAUGUAUACAGUGAUGUCAGCGAUGACAGCUAUUCAGAGGCAAAGCUGGCUGAACUGGAAAUCAACUGAAGCUCCUUCUUGCCUCAGGAACAAUGGGCCACCUGAGAGGCCUCUGAAGUAAUUAUACUUAAGAUGAAAGAAUUAUCUGAAGAAACCACCACACUGUUCCCUAGACAUGGGCUAUGAAGAUUCAAAGGGAAUCGGAAAAUGUUUACUUCAUGAAACAGAACCAAAGGGAUCCUUCUCUUUUCCCUCCACUUUGCUAUGCUUAAUUAAACUUCGUUCAGCAGCAUUCUGGCACAGAAAGUGUUUCUGUGUUUUGUCCAGAACAUAGUGAGGUCAAAGUGGGAAGCAGGAACUGGGGAGACUUUGCCUUCUCAAUAUUGUAUGGGGAAGGUGGUAGGCAUGUGUUAUAACCAGUUUCGGGUUUAAAAAUGAGUUAUUCUUUUACCUGGAUAUGAAGUAUAGCUUAGUAUGGGAGUUAAGAUUAUUUUGGUUUCUCAUUCUGUUCAUUUCCAGUUAGAAGUGAAAUUUAGCAGGUGCAAACCUUCGGGUUGUAAGUCUAUUAUCUCAAAUACAAAGUGUAAAGGGGAUCUGAAAACUCAGGAACCAGGAUAAGUAGGGCCCAGCUCCAUCUCUUCAACUUGUUGUCUUCAAGUGGAAGGAGCAAGCCCAACUCCCACAAGUUGUCUUCUGACCCCUGCAUGUACACACACAGACA